UUGUCUCUGUCUUUUCUUUUUAACAUAACAACUAAUAGAUGAGAGGGUCUGCGUCGUUGGUCACGUUAAACCACAAGAUUCUCCGACCGUGUAGGAAACUCCUGAUCAGAAUCACCAAGAGCUGUCCUCGGCGCCAAACCCGGCAUUUGAAACUCAAGAAAGCUUCUUCUUCUUCUUCAAGAAAGCCAGGGAACAAGGUUACCAAGGUGGUGGCCUUGUUCUUCCUCUCUUUCCAUAAGAAGAAGCAGAAGAAAGAGAAGAUGAAGAGGCUCAACGAACUAAGGAGCUACUCCCACGCUGUCAGUGACCAGAAGAAGACAAAGAAGAAGGCCUCAGCAGACCAAGAAUCAAGCAAGAAGAAAGUGUUUCCAUCAAGACUCAAAAUGUCUUGGCUUGGUCAAGGUAAGGGUACCAACAACACACACAAAGUUCCACAAGAUCAGGAUCCACGUAGAGACAGCACAAGCGCAUUCAUUCCGUGAUGUUGUGAAACAAAAGAACAGCCGAGAUCAAAUUUAUCAACAUCAACUCCAUUUUCAAUGUACACUAAA